AAUCUUCUAAUCGUGUAUAGGGGCUUUGUAUAAGUAUACAGCAUGAUGAUCCAGUAGUUUGUUUCACGCCGAUCUGUUAUUCGCAUCACACCAUCGCAGUCAUGCACACUCUCACGCUUGUUCUGUAUGCUCUUUGUCCCAUUGCGCUCGCAGCCAGCUCUGGCUGUGGAAGCGUCCUACCAUCGGGACUCACGCCAGGUAAAUCUACCACCAAUGUGACUCUGUCCUCGAAAUCCGUCAUUGGCAAAACAACCGAGCGUCAAUACAUUAUCCACCUGCCAUCAUCGUUCGAUGCCACAAACAAGAAAGCUGCGCCGCUGGUAAUUGCUUUCCAUGGUCAGCAGCAGCCAGCCAGGAGCAUGGAAGUGAUCAGCGAGCUGUCAAAUCCGGCUUUCAAUCCGAAUACCAUUGUGGUCUAUCCAGAGGGCAUGAAUGUUCAGGCCCCCGGUGUGCAAUGGCUUGGAGACCCGCUGGCUCCUACAUCUUCAGUGAUUGACGACAGAAUCUUUGUUGAUGAACUCCUUUCACAUCUCACAUCCACGCUCUGCAUCGAUGAAAGCCGUAUAUACGCUGCUGGUCUUUCUAACGGUGGUGGACUGACUGGACUUCUGAUGUGCGAUCCAAAGCUCAACAAACGAUUUGCGGCCUUUGCAACAGUGGCGGGCGCAUUUUACCCGGACGCAAGUCUUACGGAGCCGCUAUUUCAGGGAGGAUGUCUUCCAAACCUGCAGGGACGAGCACUUCCCUACAUGAAUCUGCAUGGGCUGAACGAUAGCGUGGUUGCGUACGAUGGCAACAACAAUCCGCCACCAGCUUCUAUUCCGGUUUUGAACUGGGUUGAGGGUUGGGCGAAGCAUGAUAACUGCUUGAGCAACCCUCGAGCUGUGAACAUAGCCAGCGACAAGGUUACAGAGCGACGAUGGCAGUGCAAUGGUGUCAAAGAUGUUGUUGUUCACAGAGCUAUCCAGGGAUUUGGUCACGGAUGGCCUAGUCGCAAGGCCCAAGGUGAACCAUUCGACACACUGAGGAACGGACCUACAACAUGGGACGCUACCCCGUUCAUUCUGGAGUGGUUCGCCAAGUGGAAGUUAUAGGUGCACAAGUCAUAUCCUAGUGUACACGAAUGUAUUUGAGCUUCACCGUGAUAUAGAAUCCAUUGUUCUACUAAGCCGCUGAUUCCUCCCCUCAUUCAUCUUCGUCAUCUGAAGAUGCUUUUUUCUUCAGCUGUGGUAAGUCGAUUGCGAUUACUA